AUGACAAAAGUCUUUGUUCUUCUAUCACUAAUUUUGGGGGUUUGUGUGGGCAGCCAAUACACUCCAAUUCCUAACAUCCCCGAUGGUUUAAUUAUUGGUGACAAUCCAAAUUUAGUAAUUGAAGCCUAUUAUGACAUCUUUUGUCCAGGAUCUAGAGAAUCCUACAACAUAUUCAAAACUGUAAUCGAUUCUUUGGAGAAGGACUCUUUCACUUUCAUCAUUCAUCAAUUCCCCCUUCCUUAUCAUAAGAAUGCCUUUGCAGCAUCAGCUGGUUUCAAAUACAUUUGGAAGACCGUGUCCCAAGAAGCAGCCUACAAGUUUGAAGGGUUGUUGUUGAAUAACUUAGAGUAAUUCACAGAUUUGGCAACUCUGAAUCUGAAAUAAACUGAAGUCAAUUAGAAGAUUGCCGAUUUGGUGAAGACACAAUUAGCUUAAUAUCAAAUUAACUAUGAUGAAUUGUUGAAUUCUAUGAAACCUGGCACUCCAGAGAACAUUGAGACAAGAUAUAGUUGGAAAUAUGGAACUAGCAGAAGUGUGAGUGGAACUCCUACCAUUUUUGUUAACGGUGUUCUAUUUGAUAAGGGAGAAGAAUUGUCAGCUCAAUAGUGGAUUCAAUACAUCCAGAAUCGUAAAUAAUAAAAUUGAAUUAAUUCUACAUUAUGUAUGUGAUGAUGAAAUCAAUUAUUAAAUUAAUUAA